AUGAACGAUUUCAGAACUAUCCCGUUCAGUCCCCCACCAGAAACCCAAGGACUGUCGAGCGCCACGUUUUCCGUGCCUCCUCUUGAUGGAUCGUUCACCAUCCUCCAGUGUUACGACUGGCACGCCAGCAACUCUUCGCAGCACCCUCUCUUUGUAUAUGCCGAAAAUGAUCUCACCACGAAGACGCUUUACUGGGCUGACGUUGUUCAUGCAAGCCAUCGCGCCGGCCGCAUUGUUAGCGAUCAUGUCGGUGUCAAGUCAAAGAAGCCCGUGGUCGCGAUCUUGGCGGGUGCAGACAUGAUCACAUACUUCACCUGCUGCGUGGGUAUCAUGCGCGCCGGAUAUACGUUCUUCCUGAUUUCCCCGAGGAACUCGGCUCCUGCAGUACGCAAGCCGAAUGUUCUUGCACAUUUGCUCUCGUCUGUUCGCGCCGACCAUGUUCUACUUGGAUCCGAAAGCAUUUUCUCUCAAUUGGCGACGGCUGCGUUCUCUUCUAUGUCGUCAGAUUCGGUGCCCUCGACCUCGAUCAUUCCCAUGUUCAAGGAUCUCUACAUGCCCACAAAUCUUCACGAACCUCUACCCGAUCCCAAAGUCGGCCCCAAUGAUCCCGUGUUCAUGCUGCAUUCUUCGGGAUCGACCGCGUUCCCAAAAGUGAUUACUUGGACUCAUUUCUCCAUGAUCAGGGUUGCUGGUAUUCCUGCUCUGGGAGAGAUCGAUUUCGCGGGGAUUAGACUCGGUUGUCACUCAGUGCCCAUGUUUCAUGCCUUGGGUCUCACGAUCUUGUUGUGGGCGCCGGCUUGUGGUUUUGUUAUCAGCACUUUUCCGCCGGACCGGGUGAUCCAAGGCGCUAUUCAUACAAAAUCUGAAAUCGUAUUUUCGGUACCGUCAUUUAUAGAGGCUUGGGUUGACUCUCCGCUCUAUGUGGAGUAUCUUGCGGGUAUCAAGGGUGUUCUUUACGGUGGAGGGCCACUCAAUAAGGCAGUGGGGGACGCCUUGACUGAGAAGGGCGUGGCAAUCUACACGCUUUACGGAAGCACGGAGACGACUGUGAUGAACGUCAUACUUCCCAGAGAUAGACCUGGCUUGGACUGGCAGUACUUCCGGUUCAGCAAGCACGUCAAGCCUCACUUCGUCGAGAACGGCUUUGGCCAGGUGGAGUUGGUGCUGGUCGCAAACCCUUUGUCUGUUCCCGUGAUAACGAACACGAAGGUCAAUGACGUCGACGCAUACGCUACAGGGGAUCUGCUAGAAAGACAUCCCACAAAACCUGAUUUAUGGAAGAUAUUCGGUAGGGCCGACGAUCAGAUCAUGCACAGCACCGGGGAAAAGACCAACCCAGGACCGCUUGAGACGAUACUCAAUCAAGAUCCCCAUGUCGCCGCGGCGGUCAUGUUCGGUCGGGAACGUUUCCAUGCUGGUGUCAUAGUUGAGCCGGUAUCGCAGGAGAGAUUCGACCCCAGCAAUGAGACAAAGCUUGCCGAGUUCCGAAAUAAAAUCUGGCGCCAUGGGGUCCUCGCAGAAUACGUGGACGAAAUUGACUCGGCCUACGCUGCCCUCGAAGAAUCCACACAACUCGAGAUCCAGGCCCCCGCCAGCUGGUCUGACAACACAGCGAUGCUUUUCUUACGAUCCCUCGUUAAGAAUGUACUAAAGCAGGAUAUAUCUGACGAAGAGGACCUCUUCGAGUACGGUUGCGACAGCCUUCAAGCGACGUGGAUUAGGAACACCCUGCUUCGGGCCCUGCGUCAAACCACGGGACUUGACACGCGAUGCGUAUCAUCUAACUUAGUUUAUCAGCAUCCUUCAAUUCAUGCUCUCAAAACGUUUGUAACAACGUUUGCUGGGGGGGCACUGUCGUCAACAGCCAAUGCUAGCACCGUCCUCGAUGCGAUGACUCGCUUGGUUGACAUGCAUUCUCGCGAUUUGCCUACACACACUACGGUACGACCACGCGCGGAUAAGAACCAUGUCGUCGUGGUGACGGGUACGACGGGAAACCUCGGAGCCGAGGUUUUAUUGGCCGUCCUGGAUGAUCCAAUCGUAAAACGGAUUUAUGCGUUUAACCGUAGCGGAACCGGUCACAAGUCGCUCCUCGGGAGGCAGGAAUCCAUAAUUCAGGCACAUGAUCUAGAACCAAGCCUUGUGCGGUCGCCUAAAGUCACCCUGUUGACCGUGGACUGGAAUCGCGCGGACUUCGGGCUGAGUUCGGAGAUCCUGACGGAGAUCCGCGACUCCGUGACCCACGUCAUUCAUAACGCAUGGAACGUGCAUUUUGGGGCGGCCUUGUCGUUUUUUGAGGCGAAUGUCCGUGGCUUGCGCAACCUCAUAGAUUUGUCGCUUUCCUGCGGUGCACAAUUAUGCUUUGUCAGCUCCAUCGGGGUGCGCCUUCUCCAGAUUGCCUCAAAGAAAAGCGGUUUGAGUGCUGUAACGAUCCGCGUUGGACAGCUGUCGGGGGCAAAAAACGGCGCCUGGAAGACCACCGAGUGGCUUCCUGCGCUUGUGAAGUCGUGUCAACAGCUGGGCUGCAUGCCAUCCAUGCAACAAAACCUUGCCUGGUUGCCUGUCGAUAUCGCAGCCCGUUGCAUAGCGUCUAUGCGCAAGGCUUCUCCCGGUGUUGUUCAUCUCGUACAUCCCCGUCCGGUCCCCGCUUCGUCCGUGUUUCGGGCCAUCGCGAACUCUCUUAAUCUCGACACCGUGCCAUACGAUGCGUGGCUCAGCAGACUAGAAGGCGCUACGGAUCCUUCGACCACUCCUGCCCUCAUGCUGUUGGAUUUUUUCAAAGAGGAGUGGAAGGAACCGAGGCUCUCGAUGGAGCGUGCUUACGAACAAUGCGACUUCCUGUCGGAUACAACGCAGAUCCGUGAUCUGGGGCCGGAGGAAGCGGUGAAGUGGAUCGCCUUUUGGAAGCGCGUUGGUUUUCUUGCCGCUUAG